AUGACACCCUCCCUCCUCUCUCUCCUCUUUUUCUCUGCUGUCCCGGCCAUAGCCAUCCCAGCCCCCAUCCUCACCCCCCGGGACAGCAACAGCCAAACCCUCCCUCACAAGUCCCUUUCCCCGUGGGACGCCGGCGCUGUCAAUCAAUACCCCAUCCAUCAAAGCUGCAACGCCACCCAGCGUCUGCAGAUUGAGACCGGUCUAAACGAGACCAUCGCGCUGGCGGAUCAUGCUAAAGCCCAUAUCCUGCGGUGGGGCAACGAGAGCUCUAUCUACCGGAAAUACUUCGGCGAUAGUCCCUCCAUCGAAGCCAUCGGCGCGUAUGAUAUCGUCGUGAACGGCGAUAAGGGCGGCGUGUUGUUUCGGUGCGAUAAUCCUGAUGGAAACUGUGAUCUUGACGAAUGGGCCGGCCACUGGCGCGGCUCCAACGCAACCUCCGAGACGGUAAUCUGCGACCUCAGCUACACAACGCGCCGUUCUCUCACGACCCUCUGCAGCCAAGGCUACACAGUCUCCGCAUCCAAGCCCAACACAUUCUGGGCCGCGGACCUGCUGCACCGGCUGUACCAUCUCCCUGCGAUCGGACAGGGCCUGGUCGAGCAUUAUGCGGACGACUAUGAGGAGGUGAUUGAGUUGGCAAGGGGCAAUCAGUCGAGUCUGGCUACGAGGGACUCGAAUGCGUUGCAGUAUUUUGCGCUGGAGGCGUUUGCGUUCGAUGUUGUUGUUCCUGGGGAGGGGUGUGCUGGGGAGGAUGAGAAUGAGGGUGAGGGUGAGCAAGGGGAGAGCCAUGAUCAUCAGGAUGAGGAGGAGGAGAAGGAGGAUAUUCCUGAGAACUGUCACACCCACGAAGGAGGAGAGCUGCACUGCACAUAA